CAUUCCAAUCAGAAACCGUCCGGUCCGUUCCGUUCCUUCGGAGAAAACAAUAACUGAAAAAAUGGACUCAACGCAGUAGAGAGAGAGAGAUUUUCUCUCUAAUUCUCUAGAUUUCUCUGUACUGUUAUAUAUACAUACACUAAUAUAUGCGGACACAUCGAAUCGAUCAGGCUCUUGGUCUCCGUAAAAUCCGCGGAUCCGGGUCGCAUCCAGCAAUAUCCAUUGAUCCGAUUGCGGCCACUUCAGUAUCUCUAGUCUAGUCUAGUCUAGGGAGAUAAGGUCGUAAUUCCGCAAUGUCAUGGGGUUUGGGGUGGAAGCGUUCAUCGGACGUCUUUCACCUGACCCUGAGCUACGGCGCCGACGAUUUCCUGGAUGACGCUUCGCCGACGUCAUCGCGAUCGUCCUCGGCGGCUUCGCCGUUCGCUGCAUCGGCAUCGCCCACGGCGGCGUUUCAGGAUGGGCAGCAGUUAGGGUUUAGGAUUGAGCUGGAUUGGAAUGCCGGCGAUGAUGAGGAUCAGGUGGCGCUGAAGCUUCAGUCGCAGGUGAUGGUGGCGCUGCCUUCGCCGCAGGAUACUGUGGAGGUGGAAUUGAUGGCGAGGGGGGAGGAGGGUGACGGUGAGGUGGGGGUGGAGAUGAGGGUGAUGAAGCGGAGAGAGCCGUUGCAAGGGGUGGUAAUGUGGAGGGCUGGCGGUUCCGGCCAGCAGGGUGAUGGAAUGGGCGUGCUCUUGAAGUUGAUGAGAUCGAAUUUCUCUAAUGGAGUCGGGACGGGUGCUGAUGGGGAACCUCUAUCGAGCUGUGCUGAGCAUUGGAGGAGUGUCACUGUUGUUAGCCUCGCCGGCCUUGGACUAACAGGGUUGCCUGUAGCGAUAAGCCAAUUGCCUCUUCUUGAAAGGCUUUACCUUGACAACAACAAGCUUGCAACUCUGCCACCUGAGCUUGGUGAGCUGAAGAGUUUGAAGGUUCUAGCUGCUGACUGCAACAUGUUGGUCUCUGUCCCUGUUGAGUUGAGACAGUGUGUUGGACUGGUUGAAUUGUCACUUGAACACAACAAGUUGGUUAGGCCGCUUCUUGAUUUCAGGGCAAUGACUGAGUUACGUGUUCUGAGGCUAUUUGGUAAUCCCCUAGAAUUUCUUCCUGAUAUAUUACCAUUGCACAAAUUACGCCACUUAUCUCUUGCCAAUAUUAGGAUUGUGGCAGAUGACCAUUUAAGAUCAGUUAAUGUGCAGAUAGAGAUGGAAAAUACUUCUUACUUUGUUGCUUCUCGACAUAAACUCAGUGCCUUCUUCUCUCUCAUAUUCCGCUUUUCUUCUUGUCACCAUCCUCUGCUAGCAUCUGCCCUAGCAAAGAUAAUUCAAGAUGAUGGAAAUCGUAUAGUUGUUGGAAAAGAUGAGAAUGCUGUAAGGCAGCUCAUAAGUAUGAUAACUAGUGAGAAUCAGCAUGUGGUAGAACAGGCUUGCUCUGCUCUUACAUCUCUUGCCUCAGAUGUCUCUGUUGCAAUGCAGUUAAUGAAAUCUGAUAUCAUGCAACCUAUAGAAAGAGUACUUAGAUCUUCUAGACCUGAGGAAGUUAUAUCUGUUUUGCAAGUAUUAGCAAAGUUGGCUUUGGCCUCUGAUACUGUUUCUCAAAAAAUGCUGACCAAGGAUGUAUUGAAGUCAUUGAAAUUAUUAUGUGCUCACAAAAAUCCUGAGGUACAAAGGUUAGCUUUAUUUGCAGUUGGAAAUUUAGCUUUCUGCUCAGAAAACCGGUGUGUUCUUGUUGCGCCAGAAAGCUUAAGGGAACUUCUUCUACGCCUGACUGCUUCAUCCGAGCCACGCGUGAGCAAGGCUGCAGCUCGAGCUCUAGCAAUUCUAGGGGAGAAUGAGGUUCUACGGCGUGCUAUUCGAGUCAGACAGGUGCCCAAGCAGGGGUUACGCAUACUUUCAAUGGAUGGUGGUGGAAUGAAAGGUCUGGCAACUGUAAGAAUUCUUAAGGAAAUUGAGAAAGGUACUGGGAAACGGAUACAUGAGCUCUUUGACCUUAUUUGUGGCACAUCAACUGGUGGCAUGCUUGCAGUCGCUCUUGGAAUCAAGCUGAUGUCUUUGGAAAAAUGUGAAGAAGUAUACAAGGAUCUUGGAAAGCUCGUAUUUGCUGAACCUGUUCCGAAGGACAAUGAAGCAGCAUCUUGGAGAGAAAAGCUGGAUCAACUCUACAAGAGCUCAUCUCAGAGUUUCCGAGUCGUUGUACAUGGAUCUAAACACAGUGCUGAUCAGUUUGAGAGAUUGUUGAGGGAGCUAUGCACUGAUGAGGAUGGAGAUCUUCUUAUAGAGUCAGCAGUGAAAGGCAUUCCUAAAGUUUUUGUAGUGUCAACUCUGGUCAGCGUGUCACCAGCUCAACCCUUCAUAUUCCGAAAUUAUCAGUACCCUCCUGGUACGCCAGAGCCGGCAAUAGGGGGUGUGGGAGCAGCAACUACUGGAGCUCAAGUUGGAUUGAAGCGUAAUGCCUUUAUUGGAAGCUGCAAGCAUCAUGUUUGGCAAGCCAUACGUGCAUCAUCUGCUGCACCAUAUUAUCUUGAUGAUUUCUCUGAUGGUGUAUAUCGCUGGCAAGAUGGUGCUAUUGUAGCAAAUAAUCCUACUGUUUUUGCCAUGCGAGAAGCACAACUAUUAUGGCCAGACUCAAGAGUUGACUGCUUAGUUUCAAUUGGAUGUGGUUCUGUUCCAACAAAGGUAAGGAAAGGUGGAUGGCGAUAUCUGGAUACUGGUCAAGUGUUGAUUGAGAGUGCAUGCUCUGUUGAUCGGGUGGAUGAAGCAUUGAGUACAUUGCUUCCUUUGCUUCCUGAUGUGCAUUAUUUUCGUUUCAAUCCAGUUGAUGAACGUUGCGAUAUGGAGCUUGAUGAGACAGAUCCUGCGGUUUGGUUGAAAUUGGAGGCUGCAACAGAUGAUUACAUUCACAAUACAUCUGCUGUUUUUAAAAAUCUCAUUGAAAGAUUGUUAGCAAGCCCACAUGAUGAGAAACUAUUCGAUAGUUCAAAGUCUCAACAUCUCCACAAAGGAAUGAAUUCAAAAGAUGAGAGUAGCCCCUCCUUAGGUUGGAGGCGGAGUGUCCUCCUUGUGGAGGCUUCCAAUAGCCCAGAUUCUGGAAGAGUAUUUCACCAUGCUCGCUCGCUUGAAUCGUUUUGUACCAGGAAUGGGAUAAGGCUAUCUAGUUUUAAUGGUAUACCAGGAAUUGUAAAAGCCACUGGAUCAAGUUUCCCAACACCCUUUGCAUCACCUUUAUUCACUGGGAGCUUCCCAUCAAGCCCUCUCGUAUACAGUCCUGAUUUUGGGCAUCAUAGGGCUGGUAGAAUUGAUUUAGUGCCGCCUUUAAGCUUGGAUGAACUUCAAUAUGCAAAAACAGGUGUAUCGCCUCCCGAGUCACCUGCUAAACGCCCACACUUUUCUAUGCCCAUCCGAUCUUUGUAUGAAAAAUUACAGAAUUCACCCCAGGUUGGAGUUGUGCACUUGGCACUGCAAAAUGACAUGUCUGGCUCCAUAAUGAGUUGGCAGAAUGAUGUAUUUGUAGUCGCCGAACCAGGAGAGCUUGCAGAGAAAUUUCUUAAGAGCGUCAAAUUUAGCUUGUUGUCAAUGCUGCGAGGUCGGAGGAGGAAGUAUGCAUCAGUCAUCAACGGUAUCUCAAAUGUUGCGGAUCUGGUUUCAUUUAGACCAUUCUUCCAAAUUGGAGGCGUUGUUCACCGUUAUAUAGGGCGACAAACUCAAGUCAUGGAAGAUGACCAAGAAAUCGGUGCAUACAUGUUUCGUAGAACAGUCCCUUCGAUACACUUAACCCCAGACGACAUUCGGUGGAUGGUUGGAGCUUGGAGGGACAGAAUUAUAAUCUUCACGGGUAUAUACGGCCCUACACGAGCUUUAAUCAAGGCAUUUCUAGACUCAGGUGCUAAAGCCAUUAUAUGCCCUUCCACCGAGCCUGAUGAAACGCAGUUGUCAACCUUUCACGGUUCAGGUGAAUUCAACGCAUUAGAGAAUGGAAAAUUUGAGAUCGGGGAAGAAGAGAUAGAAGACGAAGAAGACACCGAACCUUCCAGUCCAGCUAGCGACUGGGAAGACAGCGAUCCAGAGAGAAACAACGGAGGGGGGCGAGCAAAUUGCUUAUGGGAUGACGACGAGGGCCAGUUGUCACAGUUCGUCUGUGAGCUGUAUGAUUCUUUGUUCCAGGGCGGUUCGAGGAUAGACGAUGCCCUGAAACAAUCUCUUGCCACACUUCGCACCCUGAGGUAUUCCUUCCAUCUCCCCAGUGUAACAUAGUUUCAUCAGUUGAGUUGCCAUUGUCCCAUUGUCCCUGUAACAGAGGGGAGUGGGGCAGGGUCCGCGGGGAUAGGGAUGGGGAGUAUACUCCCCGCCCCGUUGCUAUUCCUAAUUCUGUAGUCUAAAUUAAGGCUUCUGUAGGGGGUUCCCCAGACCCCAGUUAUACUACUGUGUAAAGAGCACCAUAUGCUUGUAUUUUAAAAGAGUACAGAAAAGGGAACUUUGAUUACUGGCAUU